AUGAAACCAGAGUUUCUUCUCCUCCUCCUCGGGCUUCUGAGCCUCAGACAGAGCCGCUGCUUUGAGUUUGUGAUUGACGGGGAAUGGGAAGAUGAGGAGCCAGCUCUUCGGAAUGUCGGCAACAGACACAAGAGAGCAGUCUUGACCAGCGAGGAGCAGGAAGACUUUGAGGCCAUCCGUGGAGAUGACAUCACCGUCAAAAGCUACAAGAUGGAGAGUCGAAUCACCUCGCGGUUCGCCCACACCACCGUCCGGAGCUCGGUGGUCAACUCGGGCUCCAAGGCCCAGACCAUCGGGUUCAAUGUGCAGAUCCCCAAGCGAGCCUUCAUCACCAACUUCACCAUGAACGUCAACGGAAUCACGUUCACGGGCUCGGUGAAGGAAAAGACGGUAGCCAGGAAUCUGUACGCUCAGGCGCGAGCCAAAGGGAAGGCCGCCGGCAUCGUCAGGGCUAAUUCUCAGGAAAUGGAGACCUUCAAAACGGAGGUGCACGUCCCCCCUGGAAGCAACAUUGAGUUUGAAUUGCACUACCAGGAGAUGAUGCAGAGGAGACUAGGAGUUUACCAACAUUCGCUGCACCUGCAGCCAGGGAGAUUGGUGCCUCAGUUCCAGGUGGACAUUUACAUCUUUGAGCCAAAUGGAAUCGGCAUGCUGGAAGCGUCCAACAAUCUUGGCCAGAAGUUUGACAACUUGGUCACAGUGACGCAGACCCCAGAGAAGGCUCACGUGGUCUUCAAGCCCAACCUGCAACAGCAGAGGAAGUGCGACAACUGCACUCAAAGCGCCAUCGACGGAGAGUUGACCGUCAAAUACGACGUGAGGCGGGACAGCAACGCCGGAGAGUUGCAGGUCUCGGACGGGCAUUUCGUCCACUUCUUCGCCCCUUCCAACAUGUCUCCGCUCCCGAAAAACAUCGUGUUCGUCAUCGAUGUCAGCGGGUCCAUGUGGGGGGUCAAGAUGAAGCAGACAGUGGAGGCCAUGCAAGCCAUCUUGGACGACCUCACCGUCGACGAUCAGUUCAGCAUCAUCGACUUCAACCACAACGUGAGAUGCUGGAGUGAAGACCUAGUUCCCGGCUCCUCCGUACAGAUCGCAGAUGCCAAGAAGUACAUUCAGAACAUCAAACCUUCCGGAGGGACCAACAUCAAUGAAGCGCUGAUGAAAGCGGUACAGAUCCUAGUGAGGGCGUCCAAUCAGGGGCUCAUCGACCCAAGAUCCGUCUCCAUGAUCAUUUUGGUGUCGGACGGCGACCCGACAGUGGGUGAAAUCAAGCUGAGCACCAUCCAGAAGAAUGUGAAGAAGGCGAUGAGGGACGACUUCUCUCUCUUCUCCUUGGGUAUCGGCUUUGACGUGGAUUACGAUUUCUUGGAGCGUAUCGCCAUGGACAACCGGGGCAUCGCGCAGCGCAUUUUCGCCAAUCACGACGCGGCCGAGCAGUUACGGACAUUCUACAGCCAGGUAUCCAAUCCCCUCCUGCGGAGGAUCACCGUCCAAUUCCCGGAGGACUCCGUGUCCGACGUCACGCAGAAUCAAUUUGACAAAUACUUUGGCGGCUCCGAGCUGGUGGUGGCCGGCAAGGUGCGGCCGUCCGACAGCGACACGUUGACCAGUUUCACCACGGCGUCGGGAGCCUUGCUGGACAUCACGCUUGAGACGGAGGUAGACACAUCCAAGCUGGACAUGGAGCUGGCCAAGCAGCAGCACUCUUUCACGGGUUUUGCCAGGCAGCUGUGGGCCUACAUCACCAUCAAACAGAUGAUGAGUGAGAGGGCUUUAGCGCCAACCGCCGCUAAGAAGAGAAAGAUCACUCAGCGUAUCCUGGCCUUAGCCAUGGAGCAUCAGUUUGUCACUCCGCUGACUGCCUUGCUGGUGGAGAGCGAAGACAGCAAGGAGAGGCUGCUGGCCGAUUCCCCCAAAGACCCCAAGCAAGGCUGCUGCUCAGGAAGCGGACUGGGCGGCGCGAGCAGGCUUUUGCCUCCGGUGAAGGUGGUCUACCAACCUCCGCCCUGGGUCCAGAUGACUACUCCGGUCCCGCCGAGUCACGCGGUAAAAGGCCCCGAGGAGUGGGCCUUGCCGAACAAGGUCAACUUGGUGGACAACGACCCUCAUUUCAUCGUGCACCUGCCACGAAGCGACACGGACGUCUGCUUCAACAUCGACUCCCAACCCGGCCGCAUUCUCAACCUUUUGAGCGACAGGGGCACAGGCGUGGCCGUAAACGGACAGUUAAUCGGAGGCAAAAAGCCACAAAAAGGCAGGGAGAAGACCUACUUCGGAGUCAUCUCCGUCAUCUACCGGCCCGAUGGCAUCAGCGUCGCCGUCGGCACCGACAAGAUCGCCUUCGCCGACGGCAAGAACAACCACACCUUCACCUGGGGCGCCACGGCGGACAUUGUACAGAACAGGGUGAGGAUCUCCAUUGUCAAGGACUCGCAGGUCUUGAUUACCGUGAACGGCAACAUCCAAGUGAUGGUUCUUCUCCACCGUGUGUGGAAGAAGCACCCGGUCAAUGUAGACUUCCUAGGUCUCUACCUACCAAAUGACAACCAGUACUCACCACUGGUCCACGGCCUUAUAGGUCAGUUCUCCCAAGAACCAGAAGUGUACAUUUCAAACAUACACGAUGGUGCCGACCCACUCAAGAAGGAGGCUACCAUGGAGGUCAAGGGCAACAAACUGCAAGUCACCAGGGGCUGGCAGAAGGACUACAGACGGGACAAACGACGCGGCUCCGACGUCUACUGCUGGUUCGUGCACAACAGCGGCAAAGGUUUCAUCGACGGCCACUUCAGCGCCUACAUCGUCCCCGACCUCCACGCCUUCCUCUCAAUGGAAUAG